AUGGAAAUACCAGGCGCCACCAAGCGAACCCGGGCAAGUAAGCCGAAAGUGAGGACCGGUUGCAUUACAUGCAAGAUCCGACGAGUGAAAUGCGAUGAAGCCAAGCCGCGGUGUCAUCGCUGUACCAGCACGGGGAGGCAGUGCGACGGCUACCUCGCCGCCGUGUCGUCGGUGCCGCCGUCCGUCCGAGCCAUUGGCGGGCAGCGGCAAGGCCAUGAGCCCUCCCAGCAGGAAAACAGGGCCCUGGGCUUCUUCUUUCGCCAGACCGCUCCCGGGCUCUCGGGCUUCUUUGGCCAGGCUUUCUGGAGAGGGUGCGUCCUGCACCUCAGCAUCAGCGAGCCUGCCGUCCGGUACGCAUUGACAUCGUUGGGGACCAUGCACGAAGCCUUGUGUCGUGAUGGGGUUUGUGACCCGACGACGUUCGCGCUGCAUUCGUACAACAAGUCCAUCCGCUCACUGGCACACAAGGGCGCCGCCGGCCCGGAAACGGCCAUCACGUACCUCAUUUGCAGCAUCAUCUUCACCUGUUUUGAGUUUCUGCGUGGCAACGUCGAGGCGGCGGUUACCCACGUGAACAGUGGGAUCAACAUACUGGGCAUGGUGCGGCGUCAGGCAGAGGUUUCAUGUUCCAACGGUUCCCCUGGAGGAGAACAGAUUUACCCUUCGUUUGAGUCCAAUUUCGUCGAGACUGAGCUAGCGCCGAUACUGAGCACACUGAGCAUUGCCACUUCCGAGUUCGGCUCGCCCGACCACGGCUUCUUCCUGAAUCCGGUCGACGCAAAUGGAUUGUUUGUUUUCUCGGACACCUUUGACUCUGUCGCCGAGGCGAGAUGCGGGCUGAUUGACCUGACGACGGCCUUGAUCAAGGCUAGACAUGACUAUAUCGGGGCUUCGACCCGUGCUGGCUCGAGUACGAAGUUGUUGGAACGCCUCCGGCAAGAUCUCGAGCGGUGGAGGGUGAAGUUCGACGACGUCGUUCGACGGCAGCAGGACGCCUGGGGCCGCAGGGACAGAGAUGCUGCUGACGUGGUCCGCAUCAUGUUCCUCACCACACGCAUCGGAACUUCGCUUUGCUUCUCUGAUGGCGAGAGCGCGUGGGAUUCGCACAGGGCAGGUUUUGAAGACAUCGUCGCCCGGGCCGAGGCCUUGCUCUCAGACCGCAACUCCAGCAGAGAGGCUGCCCAAGGCUUCUCUGUCGAGCUGGGCCUUACUUGCCCCCUGCACAUGGUCGCAUGGAAAUGCCGCUGGCCGCACAUCCGCCGCAGGGGGCUCGCGCUGGUGCGGCGGCUACCCAAGAGAGACUUUAUCUUCGAUUCCGAGCACUACCACGCAGUGUUUUCGCGCAUCAUGGCCAUCGAGGAAGCCCACCUCGACCUUCCCCCCGGCACCUCGCCGGAGGAGGACACACUGCCUCCUGAACAUGUGCGCGUGCAUCAUUUUUAUAGCGUACCCAGGUUCGAACUCGGCCGAAACAUCUACGCCGUUACUUUUUUGACGAAGCCAAACGGUCUGGACCGAGAAUGGCAAUACCGAACCGAGUAUCUGAACCUCGAUACGCUACAAAGUCUGGAGGCAGGAACAACGGGCCAUAUGGCACCGGUCUCGAAUCCGCUCCCGGACCUGGUCAGGGCCAUCAUGGUCCAGGGAGCGGGUUAG